UCAUGAUCGGCCGGUCUACCAAUGGACGGUAGUCGGCCAGUAUGUCCAGGCUCGCACCAGAACUUCGAGGUUCCAAGCUCCACAAAGGCUGCAUUUUUAGGUUGUGUCAUGAUUAUAUAGUCUCACUGAUUAUACCGUCGUGCUUUUCUGGUCGCGAACGACAUUUCGCACACCAGAUCCAGAUUGUCGAAGAGAGAACCGCCUGGUAUCGAGAGACCAAGUUCGACAACGCCCUUGCCCAGCAAAGCAUAGUACAACACAUAAAGGAUGAGAUCAUGCGCUUGUUCCAACCGCCUUAUGGCAGCCGCCUUCCUUAUCGGAGUCAUGCCACUCAUCGCCCAUGUCGGAGCUGCACCUACAGAGGUGCCCCAGCAGCGGGGCUGCCAGACCAAACCUUUCGCAUUCUUUCUAGCGGGUGAUUCGACAACAGCUAUACAGAGUCCGAACGGUGGCGGUUGGGGCACGGGGUUUCUGUCCUAUCUCAACGACACGGCGGGAGCGUGGGGUGUCAACCAUGGCAUCAACGGCGCAACGACGGCAUCUUUUGUCGACGCAGGGGAGUGGGCACGUGUGAUUUCGUCGGUCCAACAACACAGCGCAAACAGCAGCUGCGUCGUGACGAUACAGUUUGGGCACAACGACCAACUCCCAUCCCGCGGGGUCUCGAGAGAACAGUUUCAGUCAAACUUGGAGAAGUUUGCCAUUGACGUCCAGGCCGCGGGCGGGCUACCAGUGAUACUCAGCCCGCUGUCAAGAAGGGACUUCUGGGACAACGGAACGCUUGUUGAUUCUCUUGGGGUUGAACGGAGCUUAGCCAUGACGGCGGCGGGCAAUUCAGGUGCCAGAUUUGUUGAUCUGAACCAGGCCAGCGCGAGUUAUGUUCAGGCCCUCGGAGCGGAGGCCAGUAACAAGUAUAACAGCAGCCCUCGUGACACGACGCAUCUCGACAAGUGGGGUAGUGUGGUAUUCGGAAGGAUGGUUGCAGACUUGCUGCUUGGGCAUGAUGCAAGAUUGGACAGUGAAGAUGGAGAUGUUGGGAUGAUGGUACAGAACCCCGAGUUGACACUUCUCCAGCAGGGUGGUUCGGACGAGCUCGAGCCUAGGGCAGAAUGCCUUAAGGGGUGGAUUGUAGAGGACAAGGAGCUUAGUCGCAAGAUAUGGAGGGGGGAUGCUGCCUAACGGAUGUGAUUGAGCCGUGGGAAGUCAGAUAAGUCUUUGAUAUCGCUAUACCUGGCCUUAAUCCCACGCCAAAGUUUCUUCUCUGACAACCGUUGAAGUACUGUACCAGAACAAGACAAGGUUCUUGCAUCAUUUUACACCAUAGACCGAUGAACCCGCCGUAUUUUGUUUGUCCCAUAUCGAUAUGGCCCCUUCAGCUACUGAGCUAAUGUGCUUGCUGCAUAAAGUUCAUCUGGUUACUUCCGCUUAGUCCCGUCCCAAUUCUUCACAUCCACACCCUCGGGCGGAUGAACCUCGACCUGACGGUUGGCAACAUCCGACCAGUCCAUGCUCAGCUCUGUCCCGUUGCUUUCAGUGUAGCUCUUCAUCAUGGCACGCUUAGCCUCGGGUGUCGCGCCCUUGUACAGCUUCUCGAAGAAAUGAUUCACGUCCUGUGGCUCCUCAUCGUCAUCGCCGAGCUUCUCCCAGUCCUUGGGUCCGCUCUUAGAACUUGUUGGAUACGGCGGUGGCUUGUUCUGAAGGACCCAGUCCGGUAUCGGCUUGGGCUUUGGCGGCUCGUCUUCCACGUCGGGUUCAGACAGUACCGAUUCCUUCGGUUGGGAUACCGAUGCAAGGUCGGAAGAGUCCGUCAUGGAACCCCACGUUUUCCAUUUCUCACCAGGUUGCGCCUUGACCAGUGUUAGCUCAACCUUGACAGACCCGACGAACUGCUUAAUGGUGUGAGGCUCAAUUUCAUGAGCUAAGCUGAGCAUCACCGGUGGAUCACCCUCAUUGGGCAUGUUAUGUAGCACAAUAGUCCUUGAGUCGGCUUCGGCGCGAAAAGUUUUUUUGUCGACUCCUUUGCAAAAGAUGCUUAGGGUGACGUUGGCAGAGCUUUGGAAAAAGUCAAACCGAAGCUGCUGAGGUUUCACAGCGGUGGCGGUGGUAUCUAGUGCUGCGGGCCCUUGACGUCCACCGGCUGCCUUUUCUGAACCGUCCUUGCUUCCGUCCAGACUGUACUCCCCAUCCACCAAUGCGGGCGGGCUUGGCGUCCUGGUCACAGUCAACUUCCUCUCGGUCGCAUCGGAUGCCAACCUCGCCAGGUUAGACAAACACACCUGCCGCAUAGAAUGUGCCCUAACCCAUUUUCUACUCUUGGUCAGAUCAGCCUGGUUCACAUUGCCCUUUUCCGGGGAGACAGGCUUUUCAUUCUCGGCUUGCUCCAAUGUGCAAUUGUAGAAGCCAUCGCCGUCGACCUUGGCCAAUACCAGAUCCUCCUCGCGGGCUGAAGCCCCGCUGCCCAACCUGACUGCCCACAACAGGCAGGCGUCAGCGUCGGCAUAUCUCCCCAGCCGAAAGAGCGCCACACCGCGCCGAUACUGGGCCUCCAGCAUCUGCUCGAGCCUCUGUGAAUGCUGCCGCGCAGCGGCAAUAUUGUACGCAUGCUCGG